UCAUCUCCUUCUCGAACACCAAGGACACUGCAAUUGACCAGAGACUCACUGAAACAACUACCACCACAUACCGACAGCAUCAUGGGUGUCACCAAGCAACUCAUCUCGCCGGGCGACGGCGCCACGAAGGCAAAGGCAGGAGACAACAUCACUAUGGAGUACACUGGUGUUCUGCAGAACGCAGACGGAUCCCGCGGCAAACAGUUUGAUUCUUCCGUCGGCCGCGGUGACUUCAACACUUCCAUUGGCACUGGCCGUGUCAUCCGAGGCUGGGACGAAGGCAUUCUUACCGUUGACGGCGGCAUGACCCUUGGCGAGAAAGCCACCCUCACCAUCACUGGUGACUACGCCUACGGUGACCGCGGUUUCCCCGGACUCAUCCCACCAAACGCUACCUUGAUCUUCGAUGUGCAGCUCAAGGCCAUCAACGGAAAGCGCGCACCGGGCCUCUAGUCGUACCGAUUCGUCGCCAAAAUACGCCCAACGGCAAGGUUUGUCCUUACAAGCGACGUCUCUGACCUCGUUCGUCGAGAGAAGCAUUGGUCAGGUUGCCAGGGUUGAACAUUAAGAAAAGCAUGAUGAGACUAUACGUGAAAUGAAUCGACCGACAGUCCCUUCAACCACCCGACAGGCAACCACACUCGCGUGUGCUCCGUCGAUCGUUUGAAGCCAUAGAGAAUGCAAAGAGCUGAAUCUACACUCUCAGUCCAAGUUUC